GUGCUGCCCACCAGCAACCAGUCGGUGCAGACGUGCUGCCUGCUCUGUCACCGAGAGCGCAAGGACUGGGGAGGGCCAUCCCACAAUGGGCUGGUGUCCCCGGGCGAGAGGCUGUCUGCCCGGAGCAGCAGCGUCUGCCAGGGCAAGUGCCUGCCUGUCUCGUUAUCUCACACGUCCUGCAAGUCACAGUCUUGUGGGGGUGGUUCACACUCCUCUUCCUCCUCCUCCUCCUCUUCUUCCUCCUCGUGCCACGGGAACUCAGGGGACUGGGACCCGAGCUCAUUCUUGUCUGCUCACAAGCUCUCGGGCCUCUGGAACUCGCAGCACACCAACGGGACCGCGCAGGGCAGCCCCCUCGGGGCCCCCCCAGCUGCACUAGGUGACAAGCACCCUGGCCUCGCUCUGUCUCCGGAGUGCCCCAACCAGGCGCCCGCUGUGGCACCAGGGCUCAAGGCCUGUCCCUACAGCCACGCAGCCUCCCCCACCUCCAGCAGCGCCGCCCCGGGCUCGCCUCUGCCUACCUCACUCGACUUCUGCAAGACGCUGCCGAAGCAGUUCAAAAGCUUGUGCCGGAGGGCCACCCCGCCAGGUGAGGCCUUCCACUCCUCAGAGCAUCAUCAGCACUCCGACCUCACUGCUCCUCCCAACAGUCCCACUGGCCUCCCCUCCCAGCCGCCGGCGCUGAUCCCCUCCAAGCAGACACCUCCCCACCCGGGGCCCUUUGGCUCUCCCCCGCACAUCCCACUGGGUCCCUCCUCACAGGCCGCGCUCUUCCCCGCACCCAGUGCCCAGGCCGUGGCCCCAAAGCCUGUGUCCGAGUCCCCCCCGGCUGGCGCCGCCUCGCACAGCCCAGGGCCAUGCAAGAGCCCUCACCUGCCCCCUGCCAACGUGCCACUGCUGAAGAUGCCACCUCCGCUGUCGGGCUGUGCUCAUCCUUGCAACGGGCACUGCAGCACCUCACUCAUCCCUCCUCCUGCCUCCCACCAGCUGCCCAGCACCAACAGGGAUCCCUCUUGCAAAGGGCACAAAUUCCCAAACGGUACCAGCUGCCACCCACCACAGCCCUGUGAGGCAGAUGAGGGGCUUGGGGAGGACGAGGACAGCAGCUCGGAGCGCAGUUCCUGCACCUCCUCCUCCACCAACCAGAAAGAUGGGAAGUUCUGUGACUGCUGCUACUGUGAGUUCUUCGGCCACAAUGCGCCUCCAGCCGCUCCCACGAGCCGCAACUACGCCGAGAUCCGGGAGAAGCUGCGCUCGCGCCUCACCAAGAGGAAAGAGGAGCUGCCACAGAAACUAGGGCACAACAGCAGCACGGGAGAGCCUGCUGUGGACCACCGCCACGUGGAUGGGCUGCUGGACUACCUAGAGCUGCUGGACUACAUCAACAGCACAGAGCCCAAGCCCUUGAACAGUGCCAAGGCAGCCAAGAGAGCACGGCACAAGCAGAAGAAGAAGGAGAAGGAGAAAGCCCAGCUGGAGGCAGAGGCCCAGAAGCGGGCCCCUGCAGCCAGCCAGGCCCGGGAGCCAGCCGAGGAGAAGCUGCUGGAGUGGCCGGAGCUGGAGCUGGAGCGAGUGAACAGCUUCCUCAGCAGCCGCCUACAGGAGAUCAAGAACACCAUCAAGGACUCCAUCCGGGCCAGCUUCAGCGUCUAUGACCUCAACCUGGAUCUGGAUGUCAAUGACUUCCCUAAAAAGGCAGCUGUCCUGGAGCAGAAGAACCUGCUCUCCAACCUCAAUGGCUCCUCUGACCUGCAGGACAUAGACCUGGCACUGGCCCCACUCAGCCUGGGCCCUGCCAAGAGCCACACAUUGCUGCGGGGCGAGCUGAGCCCUAU